UAUUUCAUUUAUUUGUGAAAUUUGAUGUUGAGAAACUGAAAGUGGGCGCAGACAGGGAAGAGAAUGAGUUGGAGAGUUUAGAAGAAGAAGUGAUUGUGAUUGAGAAGCGAAGUAGAUGGAAGCGAAGUUGCAAGCAAAGGCAGCUUGUUUUCUCUGGUUGGAGGGUUUCAGAGAGGCGUGUUGCCUUCAUCGCGUUCUUAUUCUCUGUCUCAGGUCGAGGAGGCUUUUGGUGCGAACAGGCCAGUGUUUCCUCCUAAAUGGUUUUAUUUUCUUAGGAAGUAUAUUCGUCCUAAGCUCGGUUGUGAUCCCUGCAUUGUGGUGGAUAUUACCUGAUCAAUGCUCACAGUUUGUUUCUCAUAAACUGUGUGACUCAGAUGGCACUUUGAAAUUUUAUUAUUUCUUACGUCUUCUACUCAUUCAGCUCUUUUAUGUGCUUUGGUUUUACCCAUUAUAUGUGUUUAGCAUAAUUCUAAGCACCAUCUGGUACAAUGACAUUGCUAAAUAUGGCUAUGCUGCAAUGGGAAGAUCUAAUUUUACUGAAAAGAAAGGCUCUAGCCAAAACUCACCAACUAUACAAAAUGCUCAUCAUGCCAAAAAACCAUCUGGUCUGGGAGGGGUCAUGAUUGGAAUAGGAGAGCAGGUGUAUUCCUUACUCCUUUUGAGCGUUUUCUUUCUUGAGGUCUAUGCAACUGGUUUCAUCCCAUACAUAGGGAAGGUGCUCAAUUUUUUACUCCUUUCGUGGAUGUAUGCAUAUUACUGCUUCGAGUAUAAAUGGAAUUUCAAUGAAGUGGCUCUUGAUAGAAGGCUGGACUACUUUGAAUCAUUCUGGCCAUUUUUUGCUGGUUUUGGAAGCCCUUGCGUUUUGGCUAUAUUCUUUUUCUCUCCUCUUGUGAGUUAUGGGAUUAUGGCUAUACUUUUUCCACUGUUUGUUCUAACUGCAACUGGGUCAGAGGCUGAACAACAAAUAUCCUUGGACAAAACCAAAUGGAGAGCUGCAGGAGUGGAAAGACUUCCGAUAUUUUAUGUUGCAAAUAAUGUGUCGUUGUGGAUGUUAUCUCUUUUACCCCUGGAGAAAAGGGACCAGAUGCAAGACAAAAAAGCACAAUAAGAUUGUUGCAGUUAAUAAUUGUGGCAUAGCUUGUGACGGCAUACAAACUGAUGUGGUGGACUCACACUUCACAAAUUCAGAAUUAGAAAAGCUACUACAUCUGCCAGACCAAAAAUCACCAACGUGGACCACGAUACAGAGCAACUUGGGUUUGCCGUGUAGAUAUUAUCCUAACAUUGUAGAUAUUGUGCUGACUUUUGUAUAUAUUCGAUGUAAGUCUUUGUGCUUGUGCGGUAAAUUAAUUAUAUUUAUUGAAGUGACAUGGUCAUGGAAAUGUUCAGUGUCUAAUGUAUGGUUAUCUCCUACCUUCCUCGUUA